GUCGAGCAAACACACACACAGCGCAGCUGCAAAGGCCCAAAACCAAAUAUAGAAAUACAGCUGAAGCAAAGAGAUCUGUACAAUCCGCAGGGCGGCUGGCCUUCACAGCAUGAAACCGUUCGGCAAUGCCGAUUUCCUCCGGAGCAGCACGGCGAUCAAGAUCGCGGCUUUUGUCUUCUUGUCCGUCGCUUUCUUCUACUUAGGCAAGCACUGGUCCGACGGCAACCAGCAGCUCAUCUUCUUCUCGCGACAGGCUCCGUCGGUGGAGACGCCGGCAGAAAUUGCUCUCUCUCCUAAUCUUAACAGGCAAUUCAACAUCUCAACGCUAAUCAACGACACCCAAACGGGAACAGAAACAAAAUCGAUUGACAAUGGGAAAGCUGCUGAUAAAUCUAUCCCGUCUCCCUCUCAGAAUUUGCCUUCUGCCAUGCCUCCACCCCCACCUCCGGAUCUAAUCAAGAGCUACGGGGUUUUGGAUGAGAAUGGAACGAUGUCGGAUGAAUUCGAGAUAGGGGAGUUUGAUCCGGAUGUCGUGGAGAAUUGGGGGAAUGAUACGGAGAUCCAUGAGGAGAAGAGUGAGGAUUCUAGAUUCAAGUUUAAGACGAUGAAGUUUGGGCUGUGCGAUGAGAGAAUGAGGGAGUAUAUACCGUGUAUGGAUAACGUAGAGGCCAUUAAGAGGCUGAAGUCGAUCGACAGAGGUGAGAGCUUCGAACGGCAUUGUCCGGAGGUGGGGAAAGGAUUGAAUUGCUUAGUUCCUGCACCAAAAGGGUACCGGCCUCCAAUUCCUUGGCCCAGGAGUCGUGAUGAGGUGUGGUUCAGCAAUGUUCCUCACACACGCCUAGUCGAUGAUAAAGGAGGUCAAAACUGGAUAUCCAAAGUCAAAGACAAGUUCAAGUUUCCUGGAGGCGGCACACAAUUUAUCCAUGGAGCAGAUAAAUACUUGGAUCAGAUUAAUCAGAUGGUUCCUGAUGUUGCAUGGGGCCAUCACACUCGAGUGGUUUUGGAUGUUGGAUGUGGUGUGGCUAGUUUUGGUGCCUAUUUGCUUUUACGGAAUGUUUUAACCAUGUCCAUAGGUCCUAAAGAUGUCCAUGAAAACCAGAUUCAGUUUGCACUGGAGCGUAAUGUGCCUGCAAUGGUAGCUGCAUUUGCCACUCGCCGUCUAUUAUAUCCAAGUCAAGCCUUUGACUUGAUUCAUUGUUCUAGAUGUAGAAUCAAUUGGACUCGAGAUGAUGGAAUUUGGCUGCUUGAGGCCAAUAGGAUGCUCCGGGCUGGUGGAUAUUUUGCUUGGGCAGCUCAGCCAGUUUAUAAGCAUGAAGAAGCCCUUGAGGAGCAGUGGAUAGAGAUGCUUAAUCUUACUACUCGUCUUUGCUGGAAUCUUGUAAAGAAGGAGGGCUAUGUUGCAAUGUGGCAGAAGCCCUAUAAUAACAGUUGUUAUCUAAGCCGUCAAGCAGGGACAGAACCUCCUUUGUGCGAUCCAAAUGAUGACCCAGACAAUGUUUGGUACGUUGAUCUGAAGGCAUGCAUUACUAGACUCCCUGAGAAUGGAUAUGGUGCAAAUACUCCCCCAUGGCCUGCCCGUCUACAAACUCCUCCUAAUAGGCUUCAGAGCAUACAAAUAGAUGCCUACAUAGCCAGAAAUGAACUCUUCAAAGCAGAAUCAAAAUUUUGGAUUGAAACAGUAGCAAGUUAUGUGCGGGCUUUUCGUUGGAAGCAGAUGGGGUUAAGAAAUGUGAUGGACAUGAGAGCUGGCUUUGGAGGAUUUGCAGCAGCAUUAAUUGAGAGCAAACUUGAUGCCUGGGUUCUAAAUGUGGUUCCUGUUAGUGGGCCCAAUACCCUGCCCGUUAUUUAUGAUCGUGGACUGCUAGGAGUGAUGCAUGAUUGGUGUGAACCGUUUGAUACAUACCCAAGGACCUAUGACUUUUUGCACGCAGCUGGUCUCUUCUCAAUUGAGAGGAAAAGAUGUAGUAUGUCUACCAUCAUGCUCGAGAUGGACCGGAUAUUGAGACCCGGUGGACAUGUCUACAUUCGUGAUUCUAUGGAUGUCAUGGAUGAACUUCAAGAUAUAGCAAAGGCCAUGGGAUGGCAGGUAGUGCUGCGUGACACAGCUGAGGGUCCUCAUGCAAGUUACAGGAUCUUGACAUGUGAAAAGCACCUCCUGCGUCCAUCAAGCAAGAGAUCAAAGAACUAGAUUGCAUUUUUCUGUGCUAACAGCUAGAUAAAGAUAGAAGUCAUCUCACCAGUCCAUCAUCUCUUCCAUCUGGUAAGGGAAAAGGAAGAUGUUCAUUGAAACUCUGUCAAUAUCCAGAAUCAUUGCAUGUGUUCAGAUCAUUCGCUAGUAAUGCGGGUUCUGUCCCGAAGGGAAAGAUUCAACAUGGCAUGGUAUGGGGCAUCUUGCUCUUAAGAGCGCCUCACUCCUCAGGAGCUCCUUAUAGAACUCGACUUGUAACAUAAAUUUGCCAUACUGCAUACAAUAGAGCACUUGUCCGUUUAUUGUUCUUAAAUUCUUUGGUAGGUUGAUAGCAUCAAGGUUUUCAAUUUAUUGUUCUUCUCUAUUUUGAUUCUAUUUUUCUGCUAUACCAUUUGUUAUAAGAAAUCCAAAACUUUUUU